ACAAAAAUAAUGUAGUUGUCAAGUGUGAAUGAUAUCUCUGAGAUGAUAUCGUACCUAGUAUUAUGAGUUGUACAGUGUUUUUUUGAUUUGUGUAGUUUAUUUAAAUAAUCGUCCUUUUUUAUUUUGAAUAUAAUUGCUUUGUGCGCCGCUCUUGGCAGACGUCUUGAUUUAUAAUAAUAUCUUGGAAGAAUGAUUCCUCUUCGCCAAGCAGUCAACAUUGGUAGAUGGGCAGUCCCCAGCAUCAGAUGUAUGUCAGCAAAAGCCGGCCCACUGGUGGAUGUGGCUGUAGACAAUGAAGGCUAUGCAAUGGUUACACUGCAGCGGCCACCUGUCAACAGUCUGAACCUAGAGCUCCUUCAGGAUAUAUCCAAGAGUCUUGAUGAAGUUGGAAAGAACAAAUGUAAAGGCAUGAUUCUAACUUCUUCUUCACCAACAGUAUUCUCAGCUGGAUUAGAUAUUAUGGAAAUGUACAAACCAGAUUUAAAAAGGGCUGAAUCAUUCUGGAGAACCUUACAAGACGUUUGGCUCAAACUGUUCGGAUCUACGUAUCCCACUGCAGCAGCUAUUAAUGGCCAUGCACCAGCAGGUGGCUGUCUUUUAGCGAUGUCGUGCGAGUAUCGAGCCAUGGUCAGUGGUAAGUAUACCAUCGGUUUGAACGAGACAGCGCUGGGUAUCGUCGCGCCGCGCUGGUUCAUGGAUACCAUAUCAAACACUAUAUCGCGCAGGGAAGCCGAAUUCGCUCUCACAACUGCCCGUAUGUUCAGCGUUGAUGAAGCUUUGAAGGAGGGCCUCGUAGACGAAAUGGCGACAGACAAAGCCGACGCCGUAGAAAAGUGUAAGAAGUUCCUCAAAAGGUUCGAAAGGAUUCCAGCUCUCGCUCGUGGUAUCACCAAGCAGAGGUACCGGGAACCCGCCCUUAACUGGCUCAUGGCAAACCGAGAACAAGACCUCAAUGAGUUCAUGGCCUUCUUACAAAACCCGAAAGUACAACAAUCUUUAGAAAUGUACAUACAAAAUUUGAAAAAGAAAGCAGCUAAGUAAAUAAGUAUUUUAAAAUAGUCAGAAAUAUAUUGUAAAUAAAUACUGCCAUUUGACAGAUAAAUACUGUCUUACUUUGAAAUUACAAAACCCAGAUUCUGAUAUUAACUGAUUGUACAAUUAGUUUUCUGUGCUGAUAGUAUUACAACUAUUAUAUAUAUAUUGUAAGCAUAUCGUUAUUUUUUGGACAAUAUAUUGAGUAACUCGUA